AUGGGUUCACUCGACAACACCUUCGGAGCUGCGCUUAUUGGGCUCGUCGUGGAAGCAACGUUAUUCGGCAUCACGUUGGUGCAGGCCUUUUUCUAUUUCAGGAACUACGGAUCCUCCGACCAUUGGUUCACUAAAGCACUCGUUAUUUUUCUCACACUGGUAGACACCUUACACCUCGUCCUUUGCGUCUACACAGUGUACUGGUAUCUCGUGACACACUUUGGCGACUCCGGUAAUCUUGAACUGGUCGUGUGGAGCUUGACUGUGCAGACGGACUUUCAGACUCUCGUGGCCGUCACGGUCGAGUGCUUCUUCGCACGGCGACUAUGGCUGAUGAGCAAGAACCGGUUCAUCGCCGCAAGCAUUAUCGUGCUGUCUAUAGGACAGAUUAUCGCCGUAGUUGUGUUCACCGUGGACGCCUUCCGCCUCGGCGAAUUUGCGAAGUUCAGUAGUUUGACGUGGGAGAUCAUCCUCGGGCUCGGCGGCUCCACGGUCGCCGACAUCAUCAUCGCGGUGGCAAUGUGCUACUAUCUGUACCGUAGACGUACUGGCUUGCGGAGGACGGACUCGUUGGUCACUGCGCUGAUGGUCUACAGCGUGAACAGCGGGAUGACGACCAGCGUCAUCGCGACGCUCUCACUCAUUCUGUUCCUCGCCAUGCCCACGAACCUCAUCUGGAUCGCCGUCUUCUGGCUCAUCGGCAAAUGCUACGUCAACUCCUUCCUCGCCCUCCGCGACCACCUCCGCGACCGCGCGCACCACGGCGGCGUCGUCCCGCUCAGCUCCUUCGCCGCGCGCCUCUCCCGCUCGGGCACGCCCCCGCCGGGGCUCAGCCCGCGGGGGUCCCGGGGGCUGGCAAACGCCGCGAAGGCCGCGAGCCUCGGCGUGGACCGCGGCGGGCUCGAGGUGAGCGUCGCGCGGGAGGUCGUCGUGGCCGUGGACUCGGGCCUCGGCGACGACGAGUCUCCGGUCCACUCGAAGGGGAGCGGCCUCUCGGCGGCGGGCGUCUGA